UCCAUCAUGUCUGUCGGAGCACUCCCGCUACUGGACCUCGCCCCCGAGCUCAUUCACGCGUGUCUCUCAUUUCUCCCUUUGGACGACAUCGCGUCGUGUUUGCACGCCGGAAGUCGCCUGCUGACAACACUUAUCCUAGAUUCUCCCGCCAUCCGCUAUCGCAUCGAGCAAGAGGAAGCAGGGGUUGAAGAAAACCCUUACUCCUCCGCCUUGGCAGGUCUAGAUAUCUCCGCGCGCUUGGCCGAGCUGCGGGCCCGCGAACGCCGUUGGCGCGAAUUUGACCCAGUUUCGCGUCACAAAAUCGAUUACCCCACAUGGCCCGUGCUGCUCUAUACCAUCCACGCAGGACUUUGGAUAGCGGCACAAGAAAUGCAGGACACAGGCCCGGGAGGCUCUGCUUUAGCUGAUGCUGUGCGGUAUGUCGACAUGUCGCCUCAAGCUCAGCCAGCUGAGUGGCGCACGGUAUUCUCUGGGACGCCGUUUGCCAACUUUGCCACCGCUCUGGAGGAACACGAUCUUCUGGUAAUCUUCACCGUCGUUGUAUGUCCCGAUGAACCCUCGAUGGUCUCCAUCGACGCGCUUAUGCUCACGUUCUCGACCGGAAGCCCACAUGCAAUGGCAUCCUUGCCAAAGGUUCAUAUCACCCGUCGAGCAGCGAACAAUCCUAUUAGCGAUCUUAACGCCGAGGUUUCAGGCGACAUGAUUGCCCUCGCCAUAUACAACGAGAACAACAUGUACGCGGACACAAACUAUCUCUAUGUUUUGAACUGGAAAACCGGGACCAUUCUAUUGGGGCCCACCGUAAUAACUUCCAUUGGCCUCGCGUUUCUGAGCCCGCGCGACCUUCUGAUCGCAAGCGCCUCAAAAAAUUGUCUAUUCGUUUACUCCUUCUCUGACUCGUCGACUUCUCUCGUCCCGACAAUCAUAAGACUGUGGCUGCCCCAGGUUCGUCCACGUACUGGUAUCGUUGGUCCACAAAUGCAAUGCCGGCGCUCGCCCAACCCACACAACCAUUUAUCCCAUCCACGGUAUCAUGCGGCGCGCUUCCCCCCGGCCCCGAACUGCGCCAACAUCUUCCUGUCAUACGAGACGAUUGAUGUCGACAGCGACGAAUGCGAAACGCAUCCGUAUCUCAUGGUCCCGGAGUACAUUUUGGAUGCAGUCAAAUUGGCGAGGGAAGACGAGAUUGACGACCCCAAGCCCGAGGUGGAAAUCGACUGGGAAAUGUGGGGCGAGCGCUGCACGCGGUGGCUGUGGCCUCAAGACGUCGCUGGCGCGUGGAUAUUGGCCAGCUCUGGACACCGAAUGGUCGCUUACCCGCCGUUCAACCCACAAGCACCGCGGCGUGGGCCCAAACAGAUGCAAAUUCUAGAUUUCAAUCCACGCGGCGUCGCAGCUCUGCGCAGUCAGCUUAAGAACGGCGAGAGGGUCAGCGAUACUAUGCGGCUAGUCCUCCGCAACACACUGCCUGUGUCCCAGAAGGAAACCGCUGGAUUUACGCACUAUGCACAACGGGUGCGGUCGCGCCUUCCUUAUAUCGAGAUGACCGCGCCGGAGGAGUAUAAAUUCGAUAAUGUCUAUUUGAGUGAGGAAUUCAUUAUUGGGCGGACGUAUGGCGAGGAGGAGAAGGGUAUAGUCGAGAGUCUGGAGGUCCUCUAUUUUGGAUAG